GGCAACUAUUGCGUUAACCAAAAAGAAGAAAACACGUUAAACUUGACGUGGAUUAAAGUAGCUGGCUCACUUGGCAGAAAUAAAAUACAAAAGAGUCGUAAUUAUUCCACUUUUACUUUAAGUGCAAAGAUAGAAUUAAAUAGUUGUCUAGAUGUUAAUAAAUUGAAAGAAGAUGGCCCUAAAUCCAAAAAUGUAUGGAAUGUUGUGCUUGGUAUUGUUACCAUUAUUUUUAAGUCAUCACACUGACGCCGCGGCAGUAAUUUCUAUUGAUUUGGGGUCUGAAUGGAUGAAGAUCGGUAUCGUGUCGCCUGGUGUUCCUAUGGAAAUUGUGCUGAAUAAGGAGUCCAAAAGGAAGACUCCAGCUGUGGUCGCGUUCAGGGACGACGUGCGGACAUUCGGCGAAGAUGCCGUGACUGUCGGCGUUAGGUUCCCUAAGAAUUCAUAUAAAUAUUUGUUAGAUCUACUUGGAAAACCGUACGAUCAUCCUCUAGUAGAGGCUUACAGGCAACGGUACCCAUACUAUGAUAUAGUUAAAUCAGAGCGCGGCACAAUUGAAUUUGUGCAUGAUGAAAAAACCAGAUUCACUCCUGAGGAGUUGGUAGCGCAACUCCUGGCCAAAGCCAAGGACUUUGCGGAGAUCAAUCAUGGUCAACAGAUUAGUGAGUGCGUGAUCACAGUACCCGGUUACUUCAACCAAGCAGAGCGCCGCGCGCUCAAAGAAGCGGCCGCUCUCGCCGGACUCAAUGUACUUCAACUGAUCAAUGACUACACUGCUAUCGCUAUCAACUAUGGAAUAUUUAGGAGAAAGGAGAUCAACGAGACAGCAUGGCACGCAUUGUUCUUCGACAUGGGCGCUGGCUCCACCAAGGCUGCCCUGGUUGAAUACAAAACUGUUAAAAUAAAGGAGAAGGGCUACGUUGAGACAGUGCCUCAGCUGCAAGUGCUUGGUGUUGGAUUUGACAGGACCCUCGGAGGUCACGAGAUGACCCUCCGUCUCCGCGAACAUCUGAUUAAGGCGUGGGAGGCGAACGGCGGCGGCGACGUGCGCGCCUCCCCGCGGGCCAUGGAGAAACUGCUCAAAGAAGCGGAGAGACUCAAGAUCGUGCUCUCAGCCAACACUGAGUUCUACGCGCAGAUUGAGAGCUUAUUGGACGACAAAGACUUCAAGCAGUUGGUGACCCGUGCGGAGCUAGAGGAGCUGUGCGCGGACCUGUGGCCGCGCGUGUCGGGCGUGGUGCAGCGCGCCAUCGCGGCGGCGGGCGGCGCGGGCGCGGGCGCGCGCGUGGUGGUGGCGGGCGGCGCGGCGCGCGUGCCCAACGUGCUGGCGGCGCUGCGCGACGCGGCCGGACACGAGCCCUCCAAGUCCAUCAACGCUGACGAGGCCGCUGCACUCGGCGCUGUGUACAGAGCGGCAUCUCUGGCUACGGGAUACAAAGUGGCAGCGUUGAAUGUUCGAGAUGCUGUAUUAUUGCCCAUUCAAGUCGUAUUCAACAGGCAUGUCGAUGGCAAUGACAAACUGAUCAAAAGAACUCUCUUCGGGCCCAUGAACCCUUACCCACAAAAGAAAGUUAUUACCUUCAACAAACACACAGAUGACUUCACAUUCAAUGUAAACUAUGCUGAGUUGGAGCACAUUCCUUCUAACGAGCUUAAAUAUGUUGGUGCUUUGAACCUCACACAAGUGUCUUUAAGUGGUGUCGCCGCUGCACUGAACAAACAUACAGCUGAGAACAUUGAGCACAAAGGAAUUAAGGCGCAUUUCAACAUGGACGACUCUGGCAUACUAAACCUAGUUAACGUAGAAUUUGUGGCCGAAAAAACUGUCACUGAAGAUGAUGACAAAGAUAGCACUCUAUCCAAGAUUGGAAGCACUAUUAGCAAGUUAUUCGGGUCGGAUUCAGAGGCGCCAGAGAAAGCUGAAGAAAAGAAAGAAGAAGCUCCACAAGACGCUGCCAAGAACGACACACAAAAAGCCAAUGAAACUACAACUGAAAAGGUUAAUGCAACUGAAACGGAAAGCAAGCCUAAACCUAAAGUUGUCAUUCUUAAAGAACCCGUUACUUCUGAUGAACAAGUACUCAACGUGUUACCACUUACUCAAGAACAAUUCAAGGCUUCUAAGACUAAAAUAAAUGAGUUGAAUGCCAUCGAUAAAAAACGCAUUGAAAGAGAAACGGCACUCAAUAAUUUAGAAGCCUUUGUUGUCGAUGCUCAAAUGAAGGUAGACAUGGAGGAGUAUGCAGAAUGUGGAACGGCAGAGCAGAUUGAAGAAAUAAAGAAAUUGUGCAGUGAGACUUCUGACUGGCUUUACGACGAUGGUUACGAAGCACCCACAGAAAUGUUUGAAGAGAAACUAGGCGUUAUCAAAGAAAAGACUAACCCUAUAUUCUACAAACAUUGGGAGCACAGAGAAAGGCCUGACGCCGUCGCAGCCAUGAACAACAUGCUCAACCACUCAAGGGAAUUCUUAAAAAUGGCAAAGAACUUCACUAAAGAAACAAAUGAGGAGAAAGAUAUAUUCACUGAAGUAGAAAUUGGUGUCUUGGAGAAAAAGAUUGAAGAAUCCCAGGCCUGGUUAUCCAAAUCCACCAAAGAGCAAGACGAAUUGAAGAAAAAUGAUGAUAUCAAACUAACAGUUGAAAGUAUUAGGGAGAAAAUGGCCAAUUUGGACAGGGAAGUGAAGUAUCUCUUAAACAAAAUGAAGAUAUGGCGGCCGAAGAAACCAGUUAAGAAGGAAACUGAAAACAAAACUGAAGAAGUUGUUAUAGAAUCGACUUCGGAAGAGCCGGCGAAGGCCGAGGACCAACAAGAAACCCCGGAGGCAGAAUCGGCGCCGGAAUCGGAACCAGUUAAAGAUUCUGGUGUUGAGACCACCGAGUCUACCGAGCCGCCGCUGCAACUCUCCGAUGGGAAAGAAGAGGACGAACAUUCCGAAUUAUAAUAGUUGCGAGGUGUAAUUUAUUAGUUUAAUAAUUUAUUUCUUAACUUGAAAGUCGGUGUGGCUUGUUCGCAUUUUGUAUUAUUAUUUGAGCUGAUGGUAGAAUUUAGUACAAAUAAAACGGCUAUACUGAUGAAUGUGUGUUGCAUUACAUGACAUCUAUUAUGUAAUUGUUUUCAUGGUGUGUUUAAUGUUCCUUUGCAUAUGUUCCACGUGGUUUUAUAGUUUGUGUGUAUGUUUCACAUAGCCAACUGUGACUGGUAACUGUAUUAUUAUUAUUUGCGGUCGAAAUCAAUAAAUUUAUCCCAAACGCUAUCGGAAAUGUAGCUAUCAGAAUAAUGCUUGUUUUCAAAUAUCUUAUUUCGAUAGAUUUGAACUUGAGAGUCCGAUCCGUAGAUAGCGACUGGGGUUUAUUGAUUUCCGCCAUUAAUAUACAAUACUCGACUUUACUUAUACCGAUUUUCAAUUGCACAAAGACACCAAAAGCGAACAAGCCAAGUGAAUUUAAAUCUCAAAUCUUACCGGCCGCCUUUCCUCGAUUCCACAAUGAAUUUAAAAUUUAUUUAUUGUUGUAUAAUUUGGUUAUUUUUAUAUGAUUUACAAAGCGCGGUCUCUUGUUUAAUUGUAAUGCAAUGGCCCCAGGUAUACAGUAGAGGUGUGUUUCUGUAUUUGUUGUAUUGUGAUAUGUGACAUGGCUAUAAUAAGUUUGUUAGGGUUGGCGCACACUACGAACUAUUGCCAAGCGAUAUUUUGAUUUUAUUUUACAUUUGGCAUAUGCUUGCAACUUUUCAAAAUAUGGCAGCAGUGAGCGACAAAGAUAUGUGGCUGCUGUAAAUAAGCUUGUAAACAUAAGUUCGUGCCUGUUUUUCUUCGAGGAUAGGCAAUAGUGCGACGAGAUCAACUUCAUUGGAGCUUACAUCUGAUCUAAUGAAAGAUGGCGAAUCUUGCCAUUUCGGAUACAAAUCCCAAGCUACAAAUGUAACUGAUUAAAAUCUAUAUUUUUUCGUUUCGAUGUUUUGUGCUAUAAGAUUAAGAUAUUUGUCCUCGGAGUGUGCGCUAACCUUAAAGUAUUAUGCUGUUUUUCUACUACACGCAUAGUUCUGUCCAUUAUUUAUUUUCCCAUUUUUAUAAGAGUUUGUUGGGUAUGUAGUUAAUUCGAGAUUUUUUGUGGAGUACCAAUCUUAAUUUAUGUUGAAUAAGUUUGUCUAUAUUUGUGUCACAGGUCACUUUAUAGUAAAUUUGAUAAUCUAUUUCUCUGAUAGUAUGUUAAUGGGCGGUGAUAACAACUAACCAUUAUUUGACCCAAAUUUUGAUACUCCUUUACUAUUCUUAAAAAAUUAUCAUUGAAGUGACUUAAGUAAGAAAUGAUUAGAGGACGUUAUCUGAAAAGGCUCUAAGAUCACAAAUUUUAUCACUAAAUAUGGGCAAACUUAUUAUUGAUUUGUCAGAUGAUUUUACAUCUUCAGUGUAGCACACUAGGUUGGUAUUAGCGAAACAGCGUGAGAUUUAGAAAUGUAACGUAAGUGAGACUCGUUUAAUAAAAAUAAAUACCCAGUCGCAAAAUGAAAAUAAAUUAUAUAAUUGAA